AGAGCACCAAACUCAGGCAAAACAUAACAAAUAUUAAAUAAAAUUCAUGAAACCAGGAGCCAUAAUCCAAACUUGCCAUUCACAUAUAUGAAAACCCACAAUAUAACAGAGAAGACGAUAUGAGUAAUAUAGAGGAAGAGUCAUCUGAGGCUGAGACGCCCAAAACAUCAAUCAAGCGUUCAAGGAUCCUUUCCAUCUCUCAGCAAGAUAUCCUCCAACAAUGGAGAAAUCACCUGCAAAUUAGAAUUGGUUUGAGAGUCGUUUUCUGCAUCCUUGGUUGUGCCUCGGUUGGGCUCGCCUUAGCUUUCCUCUUCUCCCCCAAAUCCUUUCUGUUUUCUGCCUUACAUUUCCCUUCUUUGAGUAUCACUUUUUCUGACUUCAAUUUCAAAGCCCUUAAAAUGUCUACUGUGUUUUCUCCUGCCCAAUCUCUAGCGUCUAAAUCCUUAACCAAUCUUCUUAUCCAAAAUCAUCCAUUUGGCAGUUCUUGGUUCUAUUUCUUGCAAAUUUACGCAAAGCGAGUUGCCUUGGCUCUUGAAAUCAAUAGAUACCUCACCUUUGGAGAUCUAAGUGAUUAAGUAUUAAAGCUUGGGUUUGGGCGAUCUGCAUAUUCAUCAAAUUACAGCCCGGAUUGCUGGAUUUUGAAGGCGACUUAUCUAUUAAAAGACCUUAAUCAAUCUUGCCAUUCUUGCUUUGUGGUUCGUAAGAUCAAUUUGCAGAUUUGGGAAUUAUGGUUUAGCAGAGAUGAUCGUCAAUAUCCAUUAUCCUUUUGUGAUUUUCAAGUUUGGUGCCUAAAGUGUGAUGAUUGUGGAUCUAAUUUUCGAACUGAAUAUACGGUUUAAGUGUUUUGAUGCUCUUGGUUGGUUUUGCCAAGUUUAUCUUGGUUUGGAGAAUUCUGUUUUCUUUGUUUAUGUCUUAGUUAGUAUGGUAAAAUGUAGAAAUAAUCUAAAAAUAGUGCCAUGUUAUGUCAUUGGUUUUAUCUCUAUUCUUGCUUUGUUAAAGGGAAGGGAUGAUGUGAGGAGAGGUACUGAUGCAAUCAAGGGUUGGUAGUAUGGAGUAAGACAUUGGAAAGGAAGUUGGCUGUGGGAGAAGUUCUUUCACGAGAAGUAGCCGGCUUUCCUUUCUUAUGGAUCUGCUUUUCCAAGCACUACCAGGGGUAUUGUUAUUCAAGGACUUCCAUUAAACCUCUCUUUGUCUUCUUGUCGGUGUUCCAUGGUAUGAGAUUGCCAUCUUAGGCAGGUUACAGGGUAGGUUAUCCUUGCUAUGCAGUUGUGAGUCCUUGGGUCCAUCUCUUGCCUUUGUUCUCCAUUGUUUGAAGAAUGGAACAAUGCCCAAGCUAUUGAAGAGCUUCCUUGUUGGGGAUGUGCUGCAAGUAAGGUGUUUGGGAAUUGGGACUCUCCUUCCUCAAAUUAUGCAUUUGCUGGAGUGUUUUAUUUUUUGGUAGCUUUGUUACUAGUUUGUUUUUCCUUCUGUUGUUCCUGUCUCCUUGUAAGACUUUGGUUAUGUUUAAUGUUAGUACAAAGUUUGUUUUCGGCCAAAAAUAAAAAAUAAGAUAAGGA